AUGGCAGCAACGCAGAAGCUCUACCCUCGUGGUACGGUUAAGCGCAUUGUCAAAGCGCAUUCAAAUCGCAGUGUCGGCAAGAAUGCCGAUAUUCUGGUACGUCCCACUACCCAGCGUCUCGCAACGCGCCAGAUCUCGUUGCUAACCGGGGAUUUCCCUAUGGUCUUACAGAUUUUCCUAGACUACAUGCUAUUCAUGCAAGAAUUGAUGCGCGAAGCCUCAAUUCGAUCACGCAAGUCGGGCGAAAAGAAUAUCUCUGCAAACUCCAUUCGCAAGGUCACCGAGAAAACCUUGCGCAAAUUCCAGGGAUGA